UGUUAUGGCGAGGUUUAGGUAUAAGGUUAGGAUUGAGGUUUGGGGGUUAGGAUUGAGGUUAGGUAAGAAAUAGAGUUUUCAUAUUGUCAGUUUUUUUCAUGUUCAAUGUAGUUAAACAUGUGUGUUUGUUCAUUUGCAUGUUUGUGUGUUUGAGUAUGUGCAUGUGUGAUAGACACAUGCUAAUGACGGAAGACAUGUGUGGGCGUGGGGACUGUGUGUGUGUGUGUGUGACAGAUAAAACAAGAAUGUGACAUGGGGCGCACAGGCUCAAUGUUAGCAGGAAACAUAUGGCCUGGCCUGACAGGCUGGAGGGAGGACAACACCGCAGAACAGAGAGAGAACAACAAACACAGGCCGAUCAGAGAGGUUCAGCCAGGGGCAGAAACUGCCUGAAUACAUUGGGGAUUUUACUCCAGCGGAGAAAUAAGUGGCUUGAAAAGGCAGAAAACAUUCAGUGACCACCAUGGCAAGAGUAUUGGGACUGUUGCUCCUCCUGUUAGCUCUCUGCUGCUGCCUAGCGGACAAAGUUGCGCUUCGUCGCGCCAAGAGAGGAACUCGCUACUAUAAAGCGAGGUGUGUGGAUGCCCAGUCGGCUGCGGUGCGGGGUGUUGGGGAGACAUGGGUGAGAUGGAGGGGGCGUGGCAUGGAGUCCUGUCGCUGUACAUCGCAAGGACAAGAGCGCUGUCACAGUGUGCCGGUCAUAACAUGCUAUCAGUCAAGGUGCUACAAUGGGGGAACCUGUAAGGAGGCGGUCUACUCCUCGGACUACCUGUGCCAGUGUCCACCAGGUUUCACCGGAGCCCAGUGUGAGAUCAACACCAGUGAGAGGUGCGUGGUGGGCCAGGGUAAAGGCUACCGUGGUACGUGGAGUAUCAGUCACACCGGCUCUGAGUGCAUUAACUGGAACUCAACAGUCCUCAGAGGGAAGAAGUUCACUGCCAGGAGGCCUGAGGCUAACAGCCUGGGGCUGGGAAACCACAACUUCUGCAGGAAUCCAGACAAUGACACCAAACCCUGGUGUUAUGUGUACAAGAGGACCCAGAUAGCCUGGGAAUUCUGCACUCUACCCAGAUGCCCUGCAGAACAGAGGCAAGCGGAAUGCAUGCAGGGCUCAGGGCAGACCUACAGGGGAACGACAGCCGUCACGAAGGGGGGCUCCAACUGUCUCCCCUGGGACUCACCACUCAUCACCCGCAAGUUCUACAAUGCAUGGAGGUCUGAUGCCAGGGAUCUGGGGCUGGGCAGUCACAAUUUCUGCAGGAACCCGGACGGUGACCUCGGCCCCUGGUGCCAUGUCUACCGGAACAUGAAACUGACCUGGGAACUCUGUGACAUCACCAAAUGCUCGAGGACACAGAUCUCCGUCACUCCUAGAAGACCAGGCCCUUCCAGCGACCAGGACAGCAACAAAGGUACCUGCGGACAGCGGGCUGACAAUAACCGGAGUCGCCCCUCCUUCCGUAUCCUGGGGGGAACUCGACAGACUGACAUCACGGAGCAGCCAUGGCAGGCAGCCAUCAAUGUGUACCGGCCCAGAAACAAAGCACACUUCUUUUUGUGCGGAGGGGUCCUGAUAGACUCCUGCUGGGUCCUCUCUGCUGCCCACUGCUUCCAAGAAGAGUUUCAUCCAGAUCGGCUCCAGGUAGUUCUGGGCCGGACAUUCCGUAAGAACUCCUCCAGCAGUGAGCAGAUCUUUGAGGUGGAGAAGUACUGGAUCCACGAGAAAUACAACGAAGAAAACUUUGACAAUGACAUUGUCUUGCUGAAGUUGAAGAGUGAUAUUGGCCUCUGUGCAGUGUACUCCCCGGAGGUCCUGCCCGUUUGUCUUCCUGAACCAGGUCUAGUCCUACCCGACUGGACCGAGUGUGAGAUCUCUGGCUAUGGCAAAGAGAAGGAGUUCGAUGCGAUGUACUCUGAGCGUGUGAAGAGGGGUCACGUGAGGUUAUGGCCUCAGGACCGAUGUGUCUCUGGGGUCCUGAAUGGCCGAGAGGUCACCGCCAACAUGCUGUGUGCUGGGGACACCCGGGGCCUGGACGAUGCCUGCAAGGGGGACUCUGGCGGUCCCCUUGUCUGUCCCAAGGACGGGAGGAUGACUCUGAUGGGCGUGAUCAGCUGGGGAGACGGCUGUGGGAAGAAAGACACGCCCGGGGUCUACACACGGAUCACACAAUACACUGACUGGAUCAGCGGCAAGAAGCGAAGUGGCCAGUAAACAACCAGCCACACGGGGAGAGGAUGCCUGAGGGAACACAUCAGGCUCCUGUCCAUCAACCUCAAAGAAAUGCCUUAACCUAGGAACGGAUGACCACUGAAGGCACAAAGAGACCUCUGUUGUUCCGGCACAGUGUGUGUAUUGUCUUGGGCUGAGAGGGCGGAUGCUGCAAGGUCCAAACAGAAGAACAAUAUGCCUUAAGAGUUAGUUGACUGUAGCUCAUCCUGCCGUGAGUCUCAGUCCCUCUCAGCUGUUUACCACUCUGCACGGAGACAUGCGUUUAGAUAUAUGGCUCUGGUUCUACCACUCCACGCUCAGCUCAGAAUUGAGACAUUUAGACGUUUACUUUGCACAUAAUGUUUUGUUGGAAUGUAUUAAGCCACUCCAAUGGAGAUGUUUUAUUUGAACUCCUAUUUUAUAAUGUGUCUGACGAUGGUGGCUUGCUGACUGAACAUUGCGACGUGACAUCGGUGUGAUAAUGUAUGUGACUGUAUCUAAUCCUGAACCACUUUAACACUAACUGCAUUAUUAGACAAUCUGCUGGAUCAGAGUGAAUCUUAGAAAGCAGCUACAUUCUAUUCUGAAUACUCAACCCCCUCCCUCAGCCCUUCAGAUUCUCAACAGUAUGGGGUUGAGCAAUAUGGGGGGAAAUCCCAUUUUUCAGGAUGUUUGGAGGUCUUGAACAAAGGCUGUCAGAUUUGAAUAUAGCCGGAUUAUGAACAGUGCCACCAUUAUGUGUCCCCAUUUUAUAGCUGUUGGGUUGAGCCCAGCAUUCAACAUGUACUGUAUUUUACUGGUGGUUUUAUGUUAAAAAACAAGUGGGGAGGUGUUGACUGCAAAGCCCUUGGUCUCCAUCUCAGAACACAAUGUAUGUUUGAGUGAGUGUUUAUGUCUCCAUCAAGUACAAUGCUUGUGUGUUCUUUCAUAUUUCUUUUUAUGUAUAUUAUCUCAUAAGUAAAGGUUGUAGUUUUUUGUAAUUUAAUUUAAUUUUAACAUAUUUCUUUUAGUUCUUAUUUAUGUAUAUUUCUAAUAUUUCUAUAAUUUGUGUAGUUUUGGAUAUGUUGAACUUGAUGUUCAUAAUUUAUGUUUGGGGCUACCAUAACCUUUUUCUGAACAAGACAUACACCAAGCCUUUUAAAUAAAGUGCAUUUUAAUAAUGUU